AUGCCGGUGACGCUGCGGAAGAGGUUGUACUGCCACUACUGCGGUAAAAGGCUCAGCACGACCAAACGAGACAACAACAAGGUACAUUGCGAUUCAUGCUCAGCUGAUAACUACCUGGACGCCGACAACAAUAUCGUCGAUGUGCCUGCCACAAUUGCCGCACGAUUGGGAACCUCACUGAAUGAAAUCGAGUCGGAAUCAGAUAUCUUCUGUAAGACGUGUCUAACCAACCAGGCCUUCUACGUCCAAGCCCUUGCCGAGUACCUCCCAGAGGAAACCGAUUCCAGAUACAAAGAAUUCGAAAGAGCCCUACCUGAAUUUAAAAGAGACCUGGACUUGAGAUAUCCAAGAUGCUGCGCUCAAUGUGAACCCAGAGUUCAGCUCAGCAUCCAGCAAGCCAACUAUGCUGCUAAAUCAGAUCAUUUGAGAAGACUGAUGCACCGCAAGCAUGGCCGUCGGCGAACCCCAGAAAUACAAUUGCGCAGCUUGCUGAUUUCUGCUGCUGGUCUAGGCCAGAUCACUGGCUUGUUGAUGCAAUUGGCGUGGCAUGCUGUAUCCUCCCAGUACAGUGCAAAUCAACCCGAAACCCGUCCUUCUCUCCAUUCCUGCUUGACUCGGCCCUUGGGAACAAGAGAGUGCGCUGACUAUGCGGGGAGCUGGGUGCCAUGGUCCCUAUUCAUAGGACUACUCUGUAUCUGGUGGAACCCGAAAUGGCAGCAUAGAUUAAUGGGAAAAGAAGGUCGCUUGACUGGCCUGAGGAAAUACUACGUUGCUCAAUCCCUUCUCAUUGCCCUUCGCUUUACGGCUUGGACUCUCGUAAAAGAGGUAAAUAUCAUCCAUCAACAUGCUCCCGCUGUUCAUACUAUAUGCCUUGGCCUUUUUACCAUGAUUGGCCUCUACUCCUGGUUCGGCCUUGUUCGUAUCGACACCACUCCUCUGGUAGACUGGCAACAAGUGCAAGCUCCUCUGGUCAGCCCCGGCCAGUUCCAACCACCUAUGCACCAGAUCAACUCACCUUUACCAUCUCAAGUGGGUUCCCAAUUCUCCAUCGACACUCUAGCUGGACCACCACGGCCCACCUAUGAGCCCUGGCGUCCACCGACUCCUCCACCUACCGAGGAUGACAGCAUGGACUGGGCUCCAUCGAAUCGUUCCUUCAACCCUCAGCCCAGGAUUCCCAGACAGAAACUCGAGCAACCCAAUCCAUUUCAUGGCACGUUUCCUGCUGCCCCGAUGCGUGGCUCACUCAAUCCGAAACAACCUGGACCUCCCCCUCAGAAGAGGGCUCCGGGUGUCCCUCCUGGAUUCUUUGGUCUUUCUAAGAGCAAAGAUCAAUCGCAACAGCCUGGUUCUAUCACUCUACAUGAGCCUACCUUUGCACCUGCAAGAUUUUUCGCUCAUGAACGUGAGGCUGAUACCGGCCUAGAGAACAUCUUUGACAGAAUGUUCUCCGUUCGAGAUCCGUGGGAGUCACAGGACCAGCAGCCCAAGCCUGUACCAGGCCAGCAACAGGCCGACCCGAGCUCUCCUUCUGAUGUGUCGUCAAGUUUCGAGCAAACUGGACCAGCUACGAUGACAGCCCGCAACCAAGCGUCGCUCAAGCUGGUCAUUUGCAGUGCAUCUGUUGUUGCACUCGCUAUCGUCGCAUCAAGCUUAUGCUCGGUCGAAUUUGUAUAUGGAGACACCACCAUCGCUCCCUCAACUAUCCUGCCGUACACAGCUGUUGUGCCUGUUGUUCAUGUUCUCGAAACAAUUGCACAUAGCGGACGAAUCUUAUCAGAUGAGGUGGCAGUACCACUUCUGCAAGCAAUUCUGCUAUUUAUCACACAGUUCUUCAUACUGACUGACGGGUCAAACUACGUGCGAAUAUGGAACAAAUUCGUUAUUGGAACUGUCUGCUUCCUGCUGUUGCAAGAGGUUUAUCGAUUUUGUCAGCUCCAGAGCACUCCUGUUACUCAAGCAGCCGCUGCUCACAUGGCUCAAAGCGUGCAGAAGGUCCAACAGCAACAUUCUUCACCAUCGUCAAUGUACGAGAACCCUGCCAUUUCCUACUCAUCGGCUCCGCUACCGUUCCCAGCACAGCCAUCUCAACAAGGCCUGUCGCCAAUAAGUCAACAGACACAGCAAUUGGGUCACGCACCACCAUUCCCAGCUCAGAGACAUUCCCAGCCUCAGCCGUUCUCCUAUAUGGAUAACACGAACUCGGUCCGCAAACGUGACUCGGAUGAAUCAAUAAGUAGUAUCAGUUCGAUCCAGACGACCUCCACAGCCCCAGGCUGGAGAACACCCAAGAACGACAACAGGACUUUCGACUGGCAGAAUAGUCCUAGCGGCAGUAGAAGCAACCCACGAAGACCCGCUUCGAAUAUUGCUCGUGGUUUAGGUGGUCUAUCUUUGGGGAAUGACUUUAGUGGAGCCGGCGUAGCAGGACCACGGGCGAGAAAUGGCCCAGGUGGUGGAAGGCAGAGAUAG